AUGUUUUCGGACGAGUUGAAGGCGUUUAGGAGACUGGGGUUCAGACAUGUUUUGUUACAGGUGCUGAAUUUUGCAAGCGUAAUUGCUUCGGGCCUUAUGCUUUGGAAAGGCAUGAGCUUGGUUACCAACUCAGAGUCACCCAUUGUCGUGGUACUGAGUGGGUCUAUGGAGCCUGCGUUCUACCGAGGAGACCUACUCUUCCUCACCAAUCCAGUGUCGGAACUGUACAAGACAGGCGACAUAACGGUAUAUAAAAUACCCGGAGCUGACAUCCCAAUCGUCCAUCGCGUCUUAGAGACCAGAAACUUCCCCAUCAAAGACUGGGACCCUUCAACAUCCUCCUCCCCUCACCCCGUAGAGCAGAAGAUGCUAACGAAGGGAGAUAACAACCACGUUGACGAUUUGGCGCUAUACGAAGGCCUGGACUGGCUAGAGCGGAAACACAUCGUUGGCAAAGUUCGCGGGUUUAUGCCGUACAUUGGCUAUCAUCUGACAAUCCUUCUGCAGAACGACUUCCCACAACUCAAGUACGCUCUGCUCGGCGGGCUUGCGCUCCUUGCAUUAUUGCAGCGAGAAUAG